GGACAGCCAGACGGACGGCACAAUGGCCCUGAGCACGCGGAUCCAGGCUGCCUGCCUCCUGCUCCUCCUCCUGGCCAGCGUGGCCAGUGUCUCAGUCCUUCCACACCAGACAGGACAGCUCACAGACCUCCGAGCCCAGGACACAGCUGGAGCCGAGGCAGGCCUGCAGCCCACGCUCCAGCUCCGGAGGCUAAGGAGGCGAGACACCCACUUCCCCAUCUGCAUAUUCUGCUGUGGCUGCUGUAAAACACCGAAGUGUGGGUUCUGCUGCAGGACGUAGA